AUGCCCAUCUCCGUCAAGGCGACCUUUGCUCAAGACGGCGUCUUCUUUGCAGGAGAAAAGCUCAACUGCACCAUCACCUUCACAAACUCAUCCCCAACCUCAGUCGGACUCAUCUCGGCCAUCAACGGAACUAACAGUGGUGCAUCAACCCCUACUCGUCAACCCUCUUCCCUCCAACAGAAACUGCAGUUGCACCAUGACCAACAGCAGCAGCAACAACAGCAGCAAGAGCAGGAGCAUAACGGUCAUGGCAACCACAACAACAGCCUGCAGAACUUGGCGGCGUCAUCCAGCGCACAGUCCCGGCACGCGUCGAACCAACAGCAACAACCUUCAGGUGCAUCACCCACGUCACCAUCAUCAACACCCUCUACCCUGGCAUCGCCCGCUGGGUCUCCUCCCAACCCCAGCAGCAACAACAACAGCCGUCCCUCUGCCUCAUUGGCCCAGAACGCCACAGCCCACGCCAACAACGGUUCCGCGGCGCCCGACACCAAUCUUAGUACACAGCCUCGUUCAGACGCGCCACAGCAGCGCCCAGGGACGACGGUAAGCAGAGCUCAGAGUCAGACUCGUCUAUCAUCGGACAUUAGCCACAUUGAUGUAUCCUCUCAGCAAGAACUCAAUGGCAAGAACCACCAGCAACAGAGCUCCUCUGGAGAUCAUGAUCAGGACGAUCAGGAGGAGCAGGAAAAGACUAUUGCUGUGCCUGCUUUGUCGGAUGACGAGGGAGCUACCCAGUCGCCAGUAUCGCCUACUCCUCGGCAAGUUCAGCAGAUUGAACAGCAACAGCAUCAGGACGAGGGAUUGGCGUCGAUAUCGUCACCAGGUCUUUUAGGUUUGGCCAGUUUUGUGUACCGAUCUGCGUCGUUUUCGUCUCUUGCCAAUGCAUUCGGACUCUCUGGCAGUGAACCUGAAGAGCAGCAGCACCAAGGUCCUUAUGACGAGAAAAAGUUGCCUCCAUUACCACCGCCAGAUCUUGGCGGUGCAGGAACAAGGACGUACAUGCCAGCUUUGCCGCCACUGGAGGUAAAGUCGCCAGAGCUUGAGGAGAAAAAGACGACAAAGGAGUCAUUGCACGACGCGUUUGCGGAUCAACCACCAGCGGAAAGGAAGGUCGAUCCAGAGCAAUUGAACCGCUAUGGGACACCUAUUGGCCUUGACCUGGAUUCAAACGGCUCAGGGCACGUCAGGACUGGGACUAACGGGAGUAUGAGUGGAAUAAGCGAACGCAUGAUCGAGUUGCAGGUCACCGACAAUGCGGACACUCAGUCCAUGGCUGAUGACUCGGAGUACCAGACACCAAGACCGUCCAUGGAUGCUUAUUCGACUCGAUCAUCCAUGCAGAGCGUUCGGGGGCCUUUCCAGCACCAAUAUUACCAGGACAGGCCAACACGCCGAUCAUCGCUCAUGUCCAACUACUCGACGCUUUCAAGUCCCAGAGGACUACCAGGUCAAGGAUCAAAGAAGGAAGCAUUACUUUGGGGCUCGGUGCAGGUGGUGGGGCAGUUCAUGGUCGAUGGCUCGUUUAUCCGACAGCAAGGAUUCGAGUCGCUAAAGUCCAAGACUAUGUACCGGCCAACUGGAAGCGCAGGUGGAGGAGCCAUCGGAGGGGGAACCUUGGGAACUGUCACCUCAUCGGACUGGAGGGAUCGCGCAAAUGCAAACCGACUUUUCCCGGUAUUCUCAACGCCUCCUUCGAUUCUCUUUGUGGACCUGAACCUUGCCCCUGGGGAGUCUUGUUCCUACACGUAUCAAAUCGAGCUACCAUCGGACUUGCCCCCAUCGCAUCGUGGCAAGACUAUUCGGUUUGCGUACAACCUUGUCCUUGGAGUUCAACGUGGAAGUGUUCAUACCCCGGCUAAGAGUGUCCAGUUACCCUUCAGGCUUUACAACAACAUUUCGGAGCUUGGCACCAGGCCCGUGUAUGACAUGAUGAGUCCAGUCAUCUGGCACAAGGACACUGCCAUCUCACACCUUGUCGAGCUGGCAAGGAAACAAUUUGAGGACUACGUCGAGGAAUUGCUCCAGAGUAUUAAACCUGCCAGCGAUGAAUCUGGUCAAUUAAAUACGCGAGAGCUGACGCGUCGGGAAAGCGAUGCUUACAAGGACGAGGAUACUAUUCACGCUCAAACCUGCUUGGAGAAGGUUGCUCUCCUUUCUCGCUCCUCAAGCUCAGCGAGCUAUGAUAUUUGCAAGAAUAACGUCCCAGUUGCAAAGUUGUCGCUGAUCAAGACACGGUUCAAACUGGGCGAGACGGUCCAUGGAGUGAUCUCGUUCUCGAGUCGAGAGAUCCCCACAUACCAAAUCUCGGUUACUCUCGAGACUGUAGAGACGAUCGAGCCCAACUUUGCCUGCCGAAGUGCUGCCCAGACAGCCAAGCUGACCAAACGUGUCCAUGCAGAGUUGCACGAGUCUUGCAUUGACACGAUGCGCACGUCCUUUUCUCUCUGUAUCCCACCGACUGCCACCCCCGAGUUCAAAACCUCGACCCUGACGCUGAAAUGGUACCUGCGUGUGGAGUUCAUUACGGGACCCGCGAACCAGCCACGGUUCAAGAUGACGAGUGUGGAUGAAAGACGAUCGCAGUACCAUGCGGUCGAGUCGCUUUCGAACGAGAGCUUUGACUGCUCUGUCCCGAUCCAAGUUUACCCCACCUCCUAUGAGACCGGUGCUCUUUUCCCAUCCACCAUGUCCUUUAAUCUUGCCUAG